AAUGACACUCCAAUUCCCUUUCCAGUCGUCAUUGCAAAAUACUGACAGCAGCAGCAAUCGCUUUCAUGAAAAAUGGUGCAAUAUUAAGCAAGUAUUAUUAAAGCUAAUGUUUGGAUGUAAAUUUAUGCUCAGCUGUCUUUUAAGGCGAUUGGGCAUCCAGUGGCAUCUGACCAGGGCGCCUGUCCUCGGCUCUGCAGGCAGCCUAGAGCACGCAUGGUAGACUCCACUGGACUUUUAAGACAUACAGGUGUAUUGCCUCUGAUCACUUCAUCCUGAAGGAACUGGAGGACAGAUUAUUUUAUAUAAAUUAGGAGUUCAGAAAAAAAAGGCAGGAUGGGGAUUUGUUCCUCUGCUAAUUACAGUUUGAGUAGGUGCUUAUACAAUACUGUCUUGCAUCCUAAUGUUUUGAGGUGAGCCAGGAAAGACUACUUCAAAAACUACUUUUGUCUGGAAAAGUUGACUUACAGAAGAUGGAAACAUACAGGUAAGUUCCAGUUCUGGUUCAUUUUCACCUAAGAACAAUUACAAUACGGUAUUCUAUACAGAGGUCCAGAAAGCAUGGGCACCUGCUGUUUUUACACUUAAUUAUCUGCAUCUACGUACAAUAGUCCAGCAAAUUCUUGUAUGAAAUUAGCUGUUGUACAAGAUGAACUGGAAAAAAGAUCGGGUUAUUUUAGAAAAGGCUUAACUUUGUCAGUGUUGCAAAUCUGUAUUCUCCCUGAACUUUGAAACUUGGUUAAUUGAUUGGUUGCAAAAUUGUGCCAUUGUCAGUAGAUGGCAAACAGUGAUGAUUUCCCCACCCCCAACAGGUGUGUGCUCAGGGUUGUUUCCCUUGAUUGAAUUACACUUAAAUACCGUACUGUUUGGUCCCUUCCGCCCUUACCUUCAGUGGGCCAGCUGCUCUUAGGCUGACAGGCUCUUCAGUUGGGGCUAAAGGGCAACAUGUUUCAGUAGAGCAGCUGGUACACUUUUUGUGUGAUGGAUUUACUUUAGAUGGUUUUCAAAAAUGGCAUUCAAGUUCCAGCGCAGUGAAGUAGUUUCCAGACGUGUUUUUUUUUCCUGUGUGCUCUUAAGUUUCAGACAGAUAUGCUUUUGUGUUAGUGGCUGAAGCCUUUUUAAAUAUUUAAGGAGGCUUAUGCCUCUGUUUGGUUACCUCUGAUAAUAAAUUUUCAUGUGGUUUAUGGCAUCUGUACUUGAACACCUUUGAAGCUUUGGCAGUGCCGAGCUUUGCAGAGCUAGAACUUUUGAAAGUUUUCAAAAGACACAAAUUUAGAAGUUAUCUUCUGAUCUGUAUUCACUGAGGAUGGUUUCAAAGUAACUGUGUGCCUGCCUUUGCACACAGGCGUGUUUAAUGCUUUUAUGAAGUCCUGUUGCUUCCAUAUGUUCUCCAUACAGAAUUCUAGACGUCAGGUUACAGCCCUGACUUCAGAAAUGACACAUUUUCUAGUCCUCGUAUAUGUAUUCUUGAAGUAUGUCUUAUUCUUUCAAUAGGAAGGCUUUUGUUGCUAAUCUCAUAAGUCAUAGCUUAUGCAUAUUUACCUUUUUUUAAUAGCGUGGUCUCUAUUGUCACUCUCCAGGACUGAUGAGCUACUGGGAGAAGUUUUCUUAAUGAGAAAUUACUUUCUAAGGAUUCUUUUAUGGAAGAAGCAUUUUGUGCACUGCUGGGAUUCCCCUCAGGUUUUUGUAGAUGGAAACAUCCAGGAAUGCAAGCGCAGGUAGGUAGAUGGUGGUUUUCUAAGUUUGUUGAAGACUGAUCUGUAGCGUUGCUGGAGGAUAAGUUUUUAUCCCACAACAGACUCCUUACCAUGGCUUUCCCCAUGAUCUUCCUGCAUUCGUGAUCCUCAGAAACCUAGUUAGUGGUGAUAUGGCACUGUACGAUUACUUUUUUUUGUGCUUAUUUUAUUGGAAUAGAAAACGAUCUUGUCCGUAUCCACUGAAAAUGCCUACUGGAAAGCAAACGUUGUCCCUGGGGUUGUUGAGAUUUGUUUCAAGUUUUGCCGUUGCAGUCGUAAGGUUCUGCAGUAUGAACGGAGCCGUAUUAAGGCAUAAUCUGGUUCCUUUUGGAUAUAGCUGCCGUGGCUGAAGUGGUUGCAGUCCCCAGCUGUUCGCUUGAGCUCCUGCCGGAGGUCACCACAGAACAUCUCGGAUGCUAUAUCUUGCAGUCUGUUACAUCAGUUUAAAUCUGUUGAAAUUCAAGAUUUAAAUCUGUUAAAUCUUGAAAGGCCAGGCUGAACCUUGGGGUGGGUCUGUGCACCCACCCGCUCGCUGUACUUUGGCUGGCAGAGGGGUGGGAGGGAUGCGCUGCAGCCUUUCUGCUUUCUGCAGGUUGCAGCAUUGGAUGUUAAGUCAUCGAAACCUGAGGCUGAGCACGAAGAUACACUCUUGGUGUGCAGGGAAGAAACGUGUCUGGUUCAGCUGCCUGUUGUUGAUGAGAAACUAUAAGGCGACUUGAGCAGGUGAAGAUGCAGUCUUCAAAGAUCAGGCUGGUUGUUCCACAUGGCCUCAAGACCCUGCUUGAGGGGGUGACCCGGGCUGUCAUGGAAAACAACCCAGAUGACAUUGCGGAGUUUUUCGCCCUCUAUUUCCAAGAGCUUGUCGCUUUCCGAAAAGGGAAUCCUGAUCUGGAUAUAAUAGAACUCGUGGAAAAGUUUGAGUCUGUUAGCGAAAAUGGGAAUGAGGGGCUAGAAGAGAAAACAUCAGAGUACAGAGAUACUUUCUUUUCUGGGGGGCCCAAGCAAAGGGACAAGUGUACCGACACAGAGGAAGACCAGCUACUUGAAGAACCUGAUAUUCAAUAUAGCUCCAAAGCAACUCAACACCCAUCAAUUGCCAGUUCAAUUGCAGAAAGCAAACUCUCCCUUGGAUCUGAUGGAGCUUCAUCCCCUGAGGGACCUGAACUGGUGUACGUCCCUGCUGAGCCUGCACAGCUUGCUACCCACGUGCUAGGUAACAGUGACUCUCUUUAUUCUGUGAGGGACAUGGCAACCAGUGUGCAGACUCUUUAUGAAGACUCUCAGACCUCAGAGAACCAAUUUACACCAGUAGAAGUUGCUGCUGAAGAUGCUUCUGCUGUCCCAGCAGCUGAGGCUUCUGUAGAGGCUCUUAGGUCACAACCAGGAGCGUGGAGUCAGUCCUCCGUAGCUGGAGAACUAGGCCCCUCAGACAGCCAGGCUGAUAUCUCAACAAAUGAUGUAGAUCGAGUUUCCUCAGUUGCCUUGUGGGAAGAACCAUCACCAUCACCUGCUCCUAAAGAUCCAUUGCAGGCUGUGCCUUCCUGCAAUGAAGCUGAGGUUACCUCAACCACUGAGGCUGUAUCGCUGUGGUGGGAUGAUGAGCCCAGUAUGGAUGCAGAGCGUCUGCCUUACAUAGAGCAGUUUCCACAGAAAAUAACCAUUCCCUUUGUAGACCAAACAGCUUAUCUCUUAAAGAUUGAGCAGCCGUUAAAUGCAGGCCAGGGCUCAAGUGCUACAACCUUAGGUCCAUCUGCUGACGAUUCAGUGUGCCAUCCUGAGAGAACAGAAUCUACAGCACAAGCGGAAUCAGCUGAGCAAGUUUAUGUCUGGUCAGCCAUGGCAUCAAGUGAAGCAGGACAGCCACCACCCCAUCCUAAUGUGUGGACCCUCUAUUGUCUAGCUGACUUGAAACAAGGUCAAAAAUCACCACCAUCCCUUUCUCCAGCUGGAGCUUGUGUUCGUUAUUCACAGGCACCCCUCAGUCUUUUCAGAGGGGAAGAUCAGCAAUAUGGUCAGCUGUCACAAGUAUCUGCUCCAAUUUAUGUGCUACAAGAAGAAAGCAAGAGGAGAGAUGCUCCACCUUUCAUUUUAGUGGGCUCUAGUGUUCAGAACAUACAGGACUGGAAACCUAUUCCUAGCUACGCUGUCUUUGCACGGCGAGGUGCAGGUGCUAGGAGGAGAUUCACUACAGUCCCAGUCCCGGUUGCUAGGCCAGCUGAUGAGAAAACAGACACGGCAAGCCCCAAUUCUAAUUCUGUGGAGGAAACUGUGGCGAAGCCGCGCACACCCUGUGUUUUCUCAGUUGCCAUCCCUCUGGAUGAUGUGAUGUCUGCAAGGAAAGGCUUGCCAGCUGCUGAUAAGCACACAGGUAUAACUGCUCUUGCAGAAAGCCUACAGUACUGCAGGAUAGGUUGCCAUUACAUGGGCAGGGUCAUGAAGUAAGCGUGCUUCUUGCAGGGGGAGAUGCUGGUAUUUGGAUUUUACUACUAAAAACUUAAUUUAACCCUUUUCAAAAUAAAAUAAGGAUUAAAAGCAGUGGUUAAACUACCUUUCAGAUAGGAAGCCUUCCCCUGCUUGUUACACUUUGCAAUGAGUAGUACGAGUCUUGUUCUGGUUUUAGCCUGAAGUAACCAAGUUUUUAAUCUCACAUUCAUACGUGUCUAGAACCCUUAAAGUUCAGGCUGGAGGCACAGUGUAAUAAUCAGUGUGGCACAAUAACCUUAACUGAAGAGUAUUUAGGUAGCAAUUAAUGUAGUUCUUGCUGCAUGCUUUCUACUGAGUUCAUGUUUUUUAAACAGGUUGAAAAGAGAUGCUGUUUGGACUUCAGGAAGAGAGCAGGAGCCGUGGAGUUAACAUUGUAAUAAAUAACUUAAUGCAAGUGCUCCAAAUAAAGCCAGUAAUGAGAAUGGUGUUCCCAUGCAUUUAAUACUUUCCUAGCACAGCAGCACGAAUCCUGAAUGCUAACUUGGUGUGAAUUAUGACCACUAAGACACAUCUGCUGCAGCUCUUUCACUGAAGAGGGGCCCAGCUUCUGUGCUGUGCUAACAUGGUAUAUGCAUAUACCCCAGCACUACAGAGUGAUGACACAGAGCCAAGGUUAUUUCAGUGUAGGCUGUAGUGCUGGGGUUAUACUCAGGGAAGGAACUGUACACAAAUGUCAGGAGCAAGACAACAGUCGUACUUUCAACUAGAAGGAAGAAUUCUCACACGUGGGCAAUUCAAACUACAAGUUUAGGCAGGCUGACAAUUGAGGUUAUGCCUCAAGGAGGGGUUUAAGAAAGAAUAUCUUUAUUUUGCUUUAGAGGUUUUAACUACUAUAGCUAUGGUCACUUAGAUAUGCCAGCCUCUUGCAGUAUGACUAGGUCUAGAGAAAAAAGUCGUUCUUGUGAAACAGAAGUUGCUUAAAAAAAAAGACAGAAGUCAAUGUUGUAUAGAGGUUCUCCCCCUCUUGCACCUGGGUGGGCUGGCAGGAACUAAAUGCCUUUUUUUCCUAGCACUAAGCAUUCAGUGCUGCAUGACCUGCUGCAGCACUGACCCAACAGCUAGACUGUUUCUACCUAUCUCAGGCUCCCACUUGAAUUUGCACAGCAAUGAAGAGAGACUUCAAGAAAUGGUGGCCAGAGUAGAGGCUUGAGUGCAGCAAUGAGGCUGCCAGGAGACAGUGCAGGUAUUCAAUUUCUACAUCUACAGCUCCCUGCAAAGGCCCAGUUCUCCCAGGAAAGGCUGCUAAAGAAACAGCUUUCCCCUAUCUAUGCAGAUAUGCCUCACCCAGGUAGGGAUGCUAAUUCUAGUAGCGCACAAAAAAAAAACCCAGAAAGCCUCUCUCUUGCCUUAUGUGCUGUUUCAGUAAUCCACCCUCAGGGCUAGAGCUGCAGCCUCACUGCAUAUUGAAGGAGAAAGCUCCCAGCUCCCUGGCACCCCCACCCCUCAUAAGCAGGCUGU